CGACGGGAAAAGGAAGACACAAAAUUCUGUGGAUCACGUGACCGUUAUACCAUUUGGGUUAGUUGUGCUAGAAAUCAUGGCGGACAAAGACGAAAGUGAAAAGACCAUCGCUGAAGACUUGGUUGUUACCAAGUAUAAAAUGGCUGGAGAGCUCGUAAACCAGGCCCUCAAACAAGUCCUGGAGAAAUGUGUGGCGGGUGCCUCCGUGAGAGAAACAUGUGAGUUUGGUGACAAACUGUUGCUGGAGGCGACCAGUAAAGUCUUCAAGAAAGAGAAAGAGUUGAAGAAAGGUAUUGCGUUCCCCACGUGCAUAUCUGUCAACAACUGCAUUUGCCACUUCUCACCAAUCGCUAGUGAGCCCGAUCUCAUUCUGAAGGAAGACGACAUGGUUAAAGUUGAUCUUGGGGCACACAUAGACGGUUUUAUCGCUGUUGUGGCACACACGAUUGUUAUCGGUUCCUCAGCGGAUAAAAAAGUCACUGGGAGAAAGGCCGAUGUUGCUCUUGCUGCUCAUUUUGCCUCGCAGGCGGCUCUCAGGCUAUUAAAACCAGGGACUGAGACAUACUCCAUAACCAGUACAGUUGAAAAAAUCUGUGGUGCCUACAAGUGCAAGCCAAUCGAGGGAAUGUUAUCCCAUCAAUUGAAGCAAUUCAAAAUCGACGGUGAGAAAACAAUUAUUCAGAAUCCAAGCGAUGCACAGAAGAGGGAGCACGAGAAGUAUACCCUGGAGACUCAUGAGGUAUAUGCUAUGGACGUGCUGGUGAGCACUGGUGAAGGAGUUGGACGCGAACAGGACACUCGUGUCACCAUAUACAAAAAAACUGAAGAAGCCUAUCAGUUGAAGCUUAAGACAUCUCGUAUGUUCUACUGUGAAGUUACUCACAAGCAUGGCCUAAUGCCCUUCAAUUUACGCACCUUCGAAGAUGAGAAAAAAGCCAAAAUGGCGGUUGUUGAGUGUGUUAAUCACAGACUCAUUGAGCCAUUCCAAGUGCUUUAUGAAAAACCUAGCGAACAUGUGGCACAGUUUAAAUUUACAGUAUUGUUGAUGCCUAAUGGACCACAUAAAAUCACUGGUUUACCAUUUGAAAUUGACUCAUUCCAGUCAGAUUGCGUUGUAGACGAUCAAGAGUUGAAGACUCUUCUGAGCUCCUCAGCAAACCCUAAGUCCGCAAAGAAGAAGAAAAAGAAGGCCGAGAAAGCUCUGGGAGAAGUAGCAAUGGAGGUAGAUGCCAAGGCUUAACAGGAUGAUUUUUUUUUUAUCAAUCGAAUGUACACACCCCAUGACUUCAUCGUGCACUCUUCCUCCUCCAGCUGAUAAAUAUGAAGUGAAUCAUGAGUAAAAUCCGAUGAUCAAUGUGGAGUGCGAUGCUUUCUCGUAGAAUCCGUCACGCAAAUAUGAGGAACAAUUCCCUGUGGCAGCAACAGAAACUGUUUCACUGCCACUAUAAAAAUUACGUUGGUAAUAAUAAAGAAAAUAAUUAUCAAAAUUUUAAUCUUCAUUUUUCUUAUUAAAAUAUGUGGGAACUUAUCACGAGUGUUGCAUUCUCUCACAUCACGUGGACUAUUUCUUAAUGUUCUUUUUAUUUUUUUUACUGCAUUUCAGUAAUCUAUUGUUGAUUCAACGAUUUAAAAAAUAAUCUCUGUUAAUUAUAAUAUGAUUAAUGAAUUUCAUAAUCAAGUGGAUAUGAACGAUGAGUUGGAGAGCUGAAUAAUAAAGAAGUGUUCUGACAACAAACAACA